AUGGCGAUUCUGGGCAAUGACUGCGUCAAGUGCACCGGGAAGGUGCUGGGCCGGGUGACCAUCGACCAGGUACCUCCCUUGGCGGUGCAGGUGAACUCCGUGGGCGCGGUCUUCAACGAGUCCUCGGGCUUCACUCUGUCGACGCCGACGCUGAGCAGCGGGGCGAAUCAGACCAAGGGCCUCAAGAAGUGCUUCGGCGAGUGCCUUCACAAGCAGAUGAAUCUGAUCAAUCGACUCUUCACAGGCAACGGCGGUGCGGACGCAAACCACUACUUCCAGCGCGGGAACUGCAAUCAGCACGCCUUAGGCCUGUGCUACAUCUUGGAGAAGGCCCGUGUCUGUCACGCAGAGAUCGACCCAGAUGGCAACAUCUUGGUGAACCCCGACUUUGCCCAGGAUGAAGGCCGAGCGCAGCGGAGCGUCUGCAACGCUCUGGCCGGCGUGAAGCUGCACCUGGGUGGUGGCGGCGACCGGGGCAUCUUCUGUGAGUCGGGAAAGCAUGCGGCCACAAUGGACAUGGGCCAUGCUUGCAGAAACGUGAUGCACGCCAUCAUGCUGCACAACGAGAUGUGUGAGAAGCCGAAGCCGGCGGACUGGUUCUCGUCCACCUGGCAGUGGGCCCGCGAUGCCACCUACUACUACUACGAGAACACGGCAAGCCUCGACUCUUGGGACCAGGCAGCCAACAAGUGCAUGGACCUCUUUGGGUGUCACGCGCUGCGAGAAGAGAUGUCGAGAGCCCCGGACAUCGACCGCGGCAUCAACAGCUUUCGGGAUGCCAUGAACGCGAUCGCGCGGAAUGCGGCCAACGGCAGAGAUGUGAAGGGCAAUCCCAUCGGCUGGCUGGACAGGGUCAGGAACAUGGCCCUGUACCAACUGGAUGUCUUCGAGGCUGCCGCCCAGGAGUGGGCCAUGUACCAGCAGGAGAAGAGCCGACUCGAAUGGAUCAGAUCUUUGGACGACGUGGGGGCUGUCUACCAGCAGCCCAUUUUCGAGGACAUGUGCUUUCGACUGCCACGCGCGGUGAACGACAAGUUCGACGGCCUCUAUGCGAAGGUGAAGGCGGCGAACCCCAGGGCCCACUUCUUCGAUGCCCUGGCCAACGCCUUCCGCCACACAGAUUGGAGCUCACCCCAGAAGUGCCACAUCCGCUGA